AUGGCCAAUAACGCCGCCAAAAAGUUCAUACCUUUGCUAGAUAGAAUUCUUGUGAGAAAAAUAACUCCAGAAAUCACCACCAAAUCAGGAUUAUAUCUUCCAGACUCGGCAAAAAAUCCAGCAAAUACUGCAAAGGUAAUAGCUGUAGGUCCUGGAAAACGCAACAAUAAUGGAGAACUAAUACCAACAACACUUUCAGUGGGUGAUGUUGUAUUUGUACCGGAGUAUGGCGGAACGCCGCUCAAAAUUGAUAAUGAAGAGUUUCACGUAUAUAGGGAGGAUGAAUUUAUUGGUAAAAUGUCUAAGGAAGGCGUUGGUAGUGCUAAUGUUGGAAAUUAA